UGCGCGUUGCAGAAGCAGGAAGCGUCACGCGCGCACAGAGCAGAGCAGCUCGCGCUGUUUCCGGUGGAAAUCAGCUGAUUCGGUGUAAACAAAGAAAGAUGCAGCUUCACUUCACCAAGGAGGUUCUGCCGGACUCUGUCGGCACCGACUACCAGAACCUGAACAAGCUGAACGAGCAGCAGUUUCAUCGUCUCAUCGAAAUUCUGUUCCAGUUCUUGUUGGAGCCCAAAGAGACCGAGCGGUUCAUGCAGCAGCUCAGUGAGUUUGCAGGGGAACAUGGGAUGAGCGCCGGUCCUCUGAGGAACCUGAUGAAGAGCGUCCUCCUGGUGCCACAGGGAGCCCUGAAGAAAAACCUGACAGCCGAGCUGAUCAAAGAAGACCUCGUGACGUUAGGGCUGAACGAAGACAAGGCGGCUCACUUUUCACACCAGUGGGCCGAGCACUACGCAGCGCUGUCCAGACUCGCCGUCAGACAGACUCUGAUGGUCAACCAGCUGGUGGACAUGGAGUGGAAGUUUGGAGUGACUGUUGGCACCAGUGAGGUACAGAAAUUGGGCAACAUCUUUCUGCAGUUGAAACUGGUGGUCAGGAAGGGGAAUUCCACUGAAAACGUCUACAUGGAGUUGACGCUCCCUCAGUUUUACAACUUCCUACACGAGAUGGAGAGAGCCAAGGCCAGCAUGGAGUGUUUCAGCUGAGUCUGUGUGUGUGUGUGUGUGUGUGUGUGUGUCUGUGUGUGGCGCUGACGCUGACCCCCCUAAGUGACUGAAGCUCGACACGAAAACAAGAUUUAUUUACUGCCAGACGUUUCUCCUCAGAUCUGCUAAUAAACACGGAUAAAAACACAA